AUCCGGACCAGCCGCACACCCACGAGGAGCAAUAUGUGAGCGAGGGCGAGCCCAUCCAGCCCGAGACACACCUGGCGCCACCUGACUGCAGGGACGCCGAGACCAUCACAGAUGUGUGCAACAGCACCGACCUGCCAGAGUUUGAGAUCAUCAGUCUUCUCGAGGAGCAGCUGCCGGUGUACCGGCUGCGUGCUGACACCGUCUACGGCUACGACCACGAUGACUGGCUGCACACGCCCCUCGUGGCGCCGGACGCCAGGCUGGAGCUGACCACAGAGCAGAUCGAAGAGACCCUCAAAUACUUCUUGCUAUGUGCAGACAGAGUGGGCCAGAUGACGAAGACCUACAAUGACAUCGAUGCUGUCACACGUCUGCUGGAAGAGAAAGAGAGAGAUUUGGAGUUGGCUGCAAGAAUCGGCCAGUCGCUUCUUAAAAAGAACAGGACUCUGACUGAGCAGAAUGACUAUCUGGAGGAGCGAGUGGCACAAAUCACAGAAGAGGUGGCCCAGCUGCACCAUGAGCUGAACUUGAAGGAUGAGCUGCUGCAGUUUUACACCAACGCAGCUGAGGAGAGCGAGGACGAGUCCAGCAGCUCACCGGGUAAGAAAGGUAAAGUGGAAACUGCUUCCGGAGGCUUUGUGAGUGGCACGCUCCAGAGGAAACUCAAGGAGCUAGAAGAGGAGAACCUCUCACUCCGCUCAGAGGCAAGUCAUCUGAAAUCAGAGACUGAAACAUACGAAGAAAAGGAGCAGCAGCUUGUCAAUGACUGUGUGAAAGAGCUCCGGUUGUCCAGUCUCCAGAUCUCUACCAUAGCGGAGGAAUUGGCCCGUAAGACUGAGGAUGCUUCCCGCCAACAAGAAGAGAUCACACACCUUCUGUCUCAGAUAGUAGAUCUGCAAAAGAAAGCCAAAUCUUUUGCGGUGGAGAAUGAGGAGCUUUCUCAACACCUGGUGGCAGCUAAAGAUGCACAAAGACAACUCACAGCAGAGCUCCAGGAGUUGGAGGCCAAGUAUUUAGAGUGUAUAGAGAUGCUGCACGAAGCCCAAGAGGAGCUGAAGAACCUCAGGAACAGAAACUUCCCUGCAGGAACCCCUCGACGUUUCCAUCCUCUGGGACUGUACCCAAUGGAUUCUCUGGCAGCUGAGAUUGAGGGAACAAUGAGGAAGGAGUUGAGUCUGGAUGACCCCGAGUGCGAGGAACAGAAAAUCCAUCGGAAGCGCGUGUUUGAGACGGUGAAGAACGUGAACCAGACGGUCCGUCAGCGCUCUCUGACUCCGACCAGCUCCAACAUCCCGGGCUCCAACCAGUCUCUGUCUGCUCGGACGUCCCCACAGUCCAGCGGCCUCUCCACACCUCACUCCAGCAUGUACGGAGACCUCGGCGGAGACAAUGUUCCUCUUGACAACCGAGCUCAGAGCAUCCUGAUGGAGACAGCAGCCAAUCAGGAGAGCACAGAGGGCCGAGACAAGAAGGCCAGCGGUGCCGAGGACCUGCGGCUCGCCCUGCGCCGCCUGUCUCUGCGCCGACAAAACAACCUGAGCGAGAGGCGAUUCUUUGAAGAGGAGCGGGAGCGGAGACGAGGAGGACACGGAGGUCUCCACGAGGCCCUGGGUCAGGAGAGCGGCCAGAUGACUCCCUCGGAAAGCAUCAUGUCUCUGGGGAACCUCCACCUCUGGGCCUCUCGGGGCCCCUACCUCCCCGACAAACUGCAGAUCGUCAAACCGCUCGAAGGCUCGGCCACCCUGCACCACUGGCAGCAGCUAGCUCAGCCUCACCUCGGCGUGAUUCUGGACGCCAGGCCGGGAGUCGUACCGAAGGGCUACAGACCCCUGGAGCUGGAGCUGGAACAGGUGUAUCCAUGGGGAGGCUUUGAGGAGGAUGAACCAGGAGAGCAAUACUUCCAGAAUCUGCCCACCUCCUCCGCCUCCGCCUCCCCAGCCGUGCCCUCCACCUCCAGCACGGAUGACUCCGUCCUCGGGCAGCCUCCGCCCAGCCUCGCUCCACCGUCUCCACCCUCUCCAUCUGCAUCGCCACAUCUCAGCAACACGGACGUCCUGGCUGCAUAUUACCCAGGUAAAUGCAUGGCCCACACCAGCUCCACUUACACCUUCACAACCUGCAGGAUCCUCCACCCGACUGAUGAGCUGACGCGGGUCACACCGAGUCUCAACCCAGUCCCAGCGUCGUCCUCCUGCGUGAUGACCAGCACUCUGCUGGGAACUCCUGCUGUAACACCCUGCACGCCCCGCAGGCUCAGUCUCAGGCCGUCCGAAUCCUCAACUAACCUCAGAGAUGCAACACGCACCACCAGCACCUCCCUGGGGUUAGUGCGCCUCCUCCAGGAGAGAGGGAUCUCAGCAGCAAUGUACCACCAGAGCCAGGGCCUGGAGUACGGUCAGGGCAUCGGAGGAGUCUUAUUCAGCACCUCCAUCACCCCCAACCGUCCACCCAACCCCGACCCCCUGCGCCCCUCUACUCCUCCCAACUCGCCCACAGGACCGGGAGCUUCAGCGGUGCCGACUCCCGCCGGGUUCGACUUCAAGAGCCCGUCUUACGACAACUUCCUGGCCUCCAAACCGGCCCGCUCCAUCCUGAAGGAGGUGACGGGGAGGAUGAGGGGCCGGCAGAGAGGGAGGGAUUGCGAAAGCCAGACGGACGUUAGCGUGACCGUCCAUAACCUCAACCUGCUGGACAAGGUGAAGCGGCUGGGGGUGGCCGGGGCUCCAGGGGGCCGAGCAAUGAGUCCAGGGCCCAUCCUGGGGCCUCUGGGGGGGCUGCGCAGAUCCGGCUCUCCUUUUGGGCCCGAUGGAAUGAGGAGGAACCGGAGUUAUCCAGCCAUGGUUGGAGCCAGCAUGGCCAUGAAAGCCCCGGGGCCCCAGGAGUAGUCUGCACUGCUGCUGGCCGUUAGGGGAGCCAAUCAGGAGCCAGGCAGGGCCACGGACCGACUGUUGAGCAGCCACCUGGAGCCCAAACACUGAUUAACACUGUUCAUACUGUACGACAACAACAUGACACUUUAUGACCAGUUUCCUGUCACUACUGUGGUUCCUCACCGGCACCAUCCACUCUUGUGCUUUCGGUAGCGACUCAUGCUUAAAUUAUAGCAAAAUAACUUAAAUCAGGGGUGUCAAACUCAAAUACACAAUGGGCCAAAAUUAAAAACUUGAAUAAAAUCGCGGGCCAACAUUGAACAAAUAAACCUUUUAAUAUAUACCAAACAUGUUUUGCUUUAACAUUAAAUAUGGAACCAGCAACGCUUAUAAACAUACAAUAUAUAACUAUAUAGUGCAGACAUGCAAAAUCAAAUUUCUAAUAAAAAACACAGCAAUGUCAUUCA